UAGGAAUAUGAAAAAGUUAAAUGCAUCUAGUAAAUCAUCAAUGUUAAAGUAUCGUCAUUGUUGCUCUUCUCUGUUAAAGUGCGUGUUAAAGUUUAACGAACUGUUGAUCUAUUGUACUGCCUGAGUAGGCUUGGAGCAUCAGUGAAAUCAAAGUAAUCGAAUGUCGAUGAUUUUCAGGACUUGGGUUGCAAGAAGAAUAUGCAUUCCUGAAGGCGGGUCAUAGAUCUCAACGAAGGGCCGCGUAGUACCGUGUAGGACCGACCCUUGGUGAGGGUGCGCGAAAGCUCGAAGCUCAGGGCGCACGCCUGCAGUUUUGUUGGAAGGGAGAACGCGUUCGGGGGCGGCAAAAAGCCUUAGGCUAUGUGAUUUAGUUUCGUACCCUGGUCAUACGACGGCCGCGAACACGGCUAGUCAAGUUUCAUCGGUGGAUAGACGAUCAGAAGGACAAAGCACGCGCGAUCGCGUUCUUCAAAGGUCUCACAGUAUUUAAACAUUCAAUUUGUUUUUUAUCUUAAGAAAACUAUGAUGUAAAAUCUUUAAACAUAAACGAUUAGAUCUUGCACAGCAUGCAAAUUUCUAAUAGUCUAGUGUCGAGUGUUGUGCUACUUAAUAUGAAGCAGUUAUAUUUGUUGAUCACUUUCGUCUUCACGGUGGUUGCUCAGAACCUGCGACGAUCUGAUAUCACAUCGUUGCCAGUGGAGAGCAUGCUGCUGCAAGCCGGAGAUAACAUCACUGUUUCUUGUCCUGGUGUCAACGAGCAGUCUCUGGUGUUAGCAUUAGAAUGGUUCUCGGUUAGCAAUAACCAAAAAUUAAUUGAAUUCGCAAGCGAUACGAUCACGGUGUGGGCAGAUCAAGACAGGAUCUCCUUGUUGAGGGACACGUAUGGUCUGGACUUCCAUCCUAUUGCUGCCGAAGACAGCGGUGAUUACGUAUGCCUCGUCAACAAUCGCCCAAAGGCCGAAGCUUUGGUCAGGCUCAUCGUCCAAGGUGUACCAGAUCCUCCGGGUAGACCACUCAUCAUGAGCUUCACGUCGCGUUCGGUGAACUUGUCAUGGGCUCCCUCGCAGGACAUCCACCACAGCUUGAUUAAGAACUACGUUAUUCACGUUCG